AUGUCGGAAUCUAAAACCCAGAUGACGAAUUUUGUUUUCCCUCUCCAAAAUCUUGUUCUUCGCGAUUUUUUGGGUUCUAAGAUUGAUCCUCGAAGCGGAAGAGAUUUGACUGGUUAUGUGAUGUGUUCUCUGAUACUCCAUGGAAGAAGAUCUAUCGAGUUACAUAAAUGGCGUAACUUUAGUGUUUCAGUGAAGCUUUUGCAAAAUGUAUUCUCUGCUUUUUCCAAUUCCUUCUCCACUGUUGCUAGUGCUGCUGCUGAUGUGAGCCUUAUAGAUAGUCAAAAAGGUAAGAACUUUACAGUCUCUUACCUCGUUGAUUCAUUGGGUUUACCUAAAAAGCUCGCUGAAUCGAUUUCAAAGAAAUUUAGAUUCGAGGACAAGGCCAAUCCUGAUUCUGUUCUGAGUCUUUUGAGAAGUCAUGGGUUCACAGUUUCUCAGAUCUCAAUUCCUAAACUCUUGGGAAAAAGAGGGCACAAAACUCUCAGCUUAUACUAUGAUUUCGUUAAAGAGAGUUUAGAAGCAGAUAAGAGUUCUAAGUAUGAAACUUUAUGUCAGUCUUUUCCACAGGGUAAUCUGGAGAACAAGAAGAGAAAUGUAUCGGUUUUAAGAGAAUUGGGAAUGCCUCACAAGUUGUUAUUCCCCUUGCUUAUAUCCGUUGGUCAACCUGUAUGUGGAAAAGAUAGAUUUAAUACGUCUCUCAAGAAGGUAGUUGAGAUGGGUUUUGAUCCGACCACCGCAAAGUUUGUCAAAGCUCUCCACGUAUCUUACGAAAUGAACGACAAAACAAUAGAAGAAAAAGUCAAUGUCUACAAAAUGUUAGGCUUUGCUGUGGAAGAUGUAUGGGUAAUCUUCAAGAAGUGGCCAUACUCUUUGAAAUACUCAGAGGAAAAGAUUACUCAGACGAUUGAAACCUUGAAGAUGUGCGGUCUACGAGGUCCUUCAAGUUUUGAAGAAGUAUCCUCAAUUCAUACGUACUUGAGAGCAGAGGAUAUUGAGCUUAAUUGAUACACUUUUAGGUGUAGGAUUCAGUAGAGAUGAGUGCGUGAUGAUAGUCACGUGUUUUCCUAUGUGCUUUGGAUUGUCUGCAGAGACAGUGAAAAAGAAGACUGAGUUUGUGGUGAAGAAGAUGAAUUGAUCACUAAAGGACAUUACUUUGUUCCCUCAGGUACUUGGAUUAAGCAUGGAGAAGAGGAUUGUACCAAAGUGUAAAUGUAAUCAAAGCACUCACGUCCAGAGGAUUGCUUGGAAGAGAACUCCCUUCAAUGCGUCUGGCUUGGUAUGUAACGAUCAUGAUUUUGUAAAAAGGUAUGUGAUGAUGCAGAAUGACUAAGAGCUUGUGGCUGAAUUGAUGGCUGUUUUCAUUGGAAAGAAGAGCAAAACAGAUAAAGCUUCUGUAUGAAGUGCACAACCUAAUUUUUCCAUGUAAAGUUUUCGCUUAGACGCUAAAUUCUAACUUUGAAAUGAUGCAGAAUGACUAGUUGAUCCUAGGAGUAAAUGGUUUGACUGUUAGAUGUUAGAUUGUAUGCAAUUGAAUCUCC